AUGGCCCCCCAAAACCUCCUCAUCGACGUCCGCACCCCAAGCGAAUUCUCCACCGGCUACCUGACUUCAGACCUUUCCCCCACUGUAAACAUCGAAUACCAACUCAUUUCCACACUCCCCGCCGUGUACGCUGAAAAGGGGAUCCAAGUCGCCAAAGACGACCGCAUCACGCUCUACUGCCGCAGCGGGCGCCGCUCCAAUCUUGCGCUGCAGACGCUGAGGGAAAUGGGGUUUACGAAUGCGCGCGAUAUAGGCGGAUUAGAGGAGGCGAGGAGGGUACUGGAUCGUGAGCAGGUAGAGAGGCAGUUGGAGGAGGGGUUUGGGGAGGGGGAGGGGAAGGUGGUAAGGGAGGAGAAGAUGGGGGCAAGGGGGCAUGAGAGGGUGAAGAGUUUUGGGGUUUUGGUCGAGGGGUUGAGGGCGUUGGAGGGGUGA